AUCGAAGCAACAGUUUAAAAAGAUGCCACGAAACUAAUUUGAAACGCUCUAAGACUGGAAUCUAUCAACCACACAGCAACUUUCUAAUCACUUCUAGUCCCUUUCGAGCAAACAAAGUGCAAAUACAACCCCCGCUAAAAAAGGAAACCCAAUAGCUUGAAAUACAGGAAGCCAAGCACUAGAUGUUCGAAGCUGGCUUGUAGGGGACUAAAAGACAACUAAUCAUGGCUUCACUCUGGUAUCCAGAGUCUAAUUUUAUUUAAUGAUGGUGUGGUUGCCCAUGGGGACAGAGCAUGUUUACUGAUCAAUAAUAAAUUCUUACAUCAUUGUUUGUAAACGGGUUGUUCAAUUGUACCAAAACACUUAGACGACUCUACACCUCACGGCUCACAACACCCAAAAAAUGACUUACGAUGGUCUGGCGUUUGUUUAUGUUCCUAACAAGCCGACAUAAACUUACUGCUAUCCUAUUAUUAGUGUUUUAUGUCAAUACUUCUGAAUCUCACGGCACUGUUUGUCAUUGUGAACGGUUUCCUAUCGAUGGGAAGCCCUUUGUUGCCGUUUGGAAUUCUCCAACAGGUGGCUGCUACAAGAAUUUCACCAUAAAAAUUGACCUGGACGAUUAUCAAAUACGAGCGAAUCCUCAACAGACAUGGAACGGCAAGUACGUCGUCGUAUUCUACAAUGCUCAGCUAGGAUACUAUCCCUACUUUGUUAAUUCUGCUGGGACUAGAAGCUAUAAUGGAGGAAUGCCCCAGCUUGUUGAUAUUAAUGCACAUCUCAAGAAAUCUACAAGAGAUAUCGUAGCACGCAUACCGGAUCCUCGCUUCGAUGGUUUGGCCGUGAUUGACUGGGAGGGCUGGAGACCAACGUGGAAGAGAAAUUGGGAUUCGAAGAAAAUCUAUCAGACUAGAUCAAUCAAUUUGUUGCGUAAUCAACAUCCUGAAUGGCCGAUGGAGCAACUGGUCGAGUGGGCUCGUAAGAGCUUCGAAGAUUCGGCACGAAUUAUGAUGUUAGAAACGUUGAAACUUGGGAAACAUCUUCGACCUCAUGCUAAAUGGGGUUUCUAUGGGUUUCCUGAUUGCUAUGGCAGAAAGGACACCAACUAUCAAUGCUCUUCUGAGGUAAAGGAUCAAAAUGAUGCSUUGUCAUGGAUGUUCUCGACAAGUACAGCCCUGUAUCCAUCUAUCUACUUACCUGAACGUGCCUCAACUAAUCAACACUUUGUUAAAGGACGACUGGAUGAAGCAUUCAGGUUGGCUGCCAAGUACAAGAAGCCUGGCUCCUCCUUACCAAUUUUUCCAUAUUUUAGAAUGAUCUAUGAGAAAAAUCCUUUGGAUUAUGAGUUCUUAACUGACGUUGAUUUACUUAACACCAUAGGUCAGGCUGCUGAUUUUGGUGCAGCGGGGAUAGUUAUGUGGGGAAAUCGUCGCGAUGAGAAUACAUCGCCAUUUAUUUGUAAACAAAUCAACRACUACGUUCACAACAAUCUUGGGCCAGUUUUCAAGUCAACUCAAAUUGCAGCUGAAAAAUGCAGCAAUAAACAAUGUAAUGGCAAUGGUAGAUGCAUUAAGAAGGAGCAGUCUGGUGCACUUGACUAUGCAUAUCACCAAACCUGUCCUAAUUUACAAACUACUGAAAACCUGGAAAGGAUGUUAAAGCAUGAGAAAGAGGUCAUUGGAGUGUCCAGCUCUGGCGUAACAAAAGUCAUCAAUAUAAAUAAAUUUGCAAAUAAACUUAAAGGAUUGAAACAUAGUUUAGCGAAAAUGGAAGCAAAUAGAACAGUCAAMAAGACCAAACAGAAACCUAAAGCAGCAAGUUCAAAUAUUGUACAGAAAUCAAAUGAGACAAAAAAGCACUUUGUGACGAUUAUAAAAACCGAGAAAAUUCCUUUUUUGGAUGUCGAMUUUCGGCAAAAUGGAACUGCAAAUUUUAGCAAUAAAAAGGCAUCUGAGAGGUCAGAAACACCGGAGCAACCCGAACACGAAGAAAUCCCAGCAGAGACCAUCUUUUGCAAUAAAACCGAGUCAGGAACUACGAAAUGCAUGCUGGUUAGACGUCACGAUUCCAUGAAACUUUCUAAACACAACGGUUUUCAGAUUCCUCAAAUUUACGCCAUUUUGAUAUCUAUCUCUCUGGGUGGAGCCCUGGUUUUAUCAACUGUUUACAUAGGAACUUAUUACUAUUUCAAUGUUUAUAAGAAAAAAURACACAUCUGCAUUGGACAGAGUAAAAACAAUAUAAUUAUAUCAAAAAGAAAUAUCACUUUCAUCAGGCACUCUCUGCUGAUCAUCACAUUCAUCAGCCACCCACUCCUGACCAUCACAUUUACCAGCCACACAUAUCAAACUUAUUGCCAUACAUCGGGUGACAUUUGCUUAGAUGUCUUAURUUAGAUCUUUUGAUAUGYWGUAAAUGAAGAGGCCGAAAAAGAGCACAAAUACGGUAUUUUUUAAAAGAAUAUAUAGGUUUAUCGGUCAUUAGCUUUAUAAUAUCUCGGAUUUUGCUCUCCGAAACCCUGGGACUCUUCAACAAUAGCUUUUACCUGUCAAUAGCCUUCAUAAGAAUAAUCAAAACCACAGGCAUAAAUCGCAAAAU